CAGCCGAGCCGCGGAGCUGAGCGCAGCCCGGCCGGACAGGGGAGCCGCUGCCCGCCGGAGCCCGGACCGGUGCGUACCGCGGGCACAGCCCGGCUCCUGGCGGGGCUCCCCCGCUGCGGACCCCGCGGAGCGAGCGGAGCGGAGCCUUCCCCCGGGCGGAGGUGGGGGCUCGCCGGGACCUUCUGUCGGAGCCUCGGCGGGAGCGGGACGCGGGGCCGUCCCCGGGAGCCGUGGCCGAGCCGCUGUCGUCUCGCAGGGAGCUGGAGCCAUGGCCGAGCAUAUGAUGAUGCCGAUGAGCCACGGCGGCGCCGGGCUGCAGGGCUACCGCAUGGGGGUGAGCGGGCUGCAGGGACCCCCGCAGCACGGGCAGCAUGUGCUGAGGACGCUGCCUGCCGCCGCUCAGAUGAUGCCCUACGGAGGGGCUGCCAUGGACGGUGCCAUGAGGCCGAGAGCCAGCCUCAGCGGACAGAUGGGCCACCACCAGAUGCAGAACGCAAUGAUGUUCAAUGGCCCCGGCCAGCAGCAGCAGUACAUGGGGCCGGUGGGCACGCAGCAGCUCAUGGCCAGCAUGCACCUACAAAAACUCAACACCCAGUACCAGGGCCACCCGCUGGGCAUGAGCAACGGGCCCAUGGCAGCGGGUGCCCAGCAGUACAGAGUGGGGCCGGGCCAGCACCCGGGCGUGCAGCACAUGCCCUCACCAGCGCUGACAUUGAAUGUUAUGGACACUGAUCUUAUAGAUGAGGAGGUCUUGACAUCGCUUGUCCUGGAACUGGGGUUGGACCGGAUUCAGGAGCUGCCGGAGUUAUUCUUGGGACAGAACGAGUUCGACUUCAUUUCAGACUUUGUUAGCAAACAGCAACCCAGUGCCAUCAGCUGUUGAGGGGCUUUGAGCUCCUCCUUGUGUCUUGAUGGUUUUGAGUUUGUUUCUAACUUCUCCCCACCUGCCAUCCUCCUCCCUUCCCCUGCCUUGCCCUGUCCUGGAUUCCUGCCCUCCCCAAAGGGACAAUCAUCGGACACUGGCUUGCAAUGGAUUGCUUUUCUCUUCUGUGUGUUUUUUCUGUGUGGGAGUUUCUGGAGAGGGGGUUGGUGCACCCCAAGCAGAGAGCAGAUCAAGAACUGCCUCUGAAUGACAUUAACAGGAUUUCUGGCUUAAGUAGAAAUAAUGGACUUAUGACUUUCCUCAACUAGGCUUGGAGCACAAGAAGCGAUAGGCAGCUGGCAGCCCUGCUGGUAGCUGGAUUUACUCGUGGAUUCUGUGGUGCCAGUGGAGUUGAAGGAUCCUGAGAGAGAAUUGUCUCCCUGGUGCAUGGUUUGAACCAGUUUUCCCUUGCAACCAUGGGUGGGGUUAGUUUUUUGUUGGGAUGUUUUACUGUGACAGUAAAUAGGUCUUCAGUCAUGUCUGUUCAGCUCGGGAAGGGGCACUUCCCCAUAGCAGGCUUUUUUCUAAUUCGCAAAAAUAAAGUAUGCCUUGGGGAAGGGUGUGCGUUUGUGCCUAAAUGUUCAUCUCCGUGGAACUUCAGAUCUCGGACCUGUACUGCUAAUCAGCUGUAAAAUUUACCAAGUGUUUGAGGUUGAUUCAGGCAUGAGGCUUAAAGCUGCAGUCUGGCUCCACUUUUUUCCACCUCUGAAACCAAAUAAAGACCAUGUAACUGUA